AUGGAGGCUAGUAAAAGACUUCGUUUCGAUGUCAUCGCUCUCCAGGAAACAAAAGCAAAAGAAACAGCUACCAGGAAGACCAACGAUGGCCACCUAAUUGUUCUCGGAGCCAAACUGAGCGGAAGAAAUGUCGGUGGUGUUGGAUUCCUCGUCCACCAUCGGCUCGAGCACAUGGUCGAUUCAGUCGAAGUGAUCGGCCCGCGACUGGCCAUCCUACGUCUACGCAUCGACAAGCGCACUUUCGUUAGUAUUAUCAACUGCUAUGCACCGACGUCAACAGCUACGGACGACGAAAGGGACGCGUUCUACAAGGAAUGA